AUGAGUUGCUGGCUGCCCGGCUGCCCAGCUCUCAGCAUGUGCCGGGGCUUAGCCGCGUUCCCCAUCACUUGCCUGGAAAGAGCCAAGGAUCUGAAGACCCGAUUAGGGAUCCUGCUCCAUAAACCAGAGGAGGGGCACAGGAUCGGGACCUCCGGCAAGCUGCAGCUGGGCUCCAGGCGGAGAGACUCCUCACGAGAAGUACUUGAAUGGAGGGAGUCCUUUGACCAGCUCCUGAAGAGUAAAAGUGGUGUGACAGCCUUCCACACCUUCCUGAAGACAGAGUUCAGCGAAGAGAACCUUGACUUCUGGCUGGCAUGUGAGGACUUCAAAAAGACCCGGUCGAAGACCAAGCUGGCCUCCAAGGCCAACAGGAUCUUUGAGGAGUUUGUUCAAAGUGAGGCACCCAGAGAGGUGAAUAUCGACCAUGAAACCAGGGAGAUCACCCGCAAGAACCUCUCGGGUGCCACCUCAGCUUGCUUCAAUGAAGCCCAAGCCAAGACUCGCACCUUGAUGGAGAAGGACUCGUACCCCCGGUUCCUGAAGUCUGCCUCUUACCAGGACAUGACCAAGCAGGCCACCAGCCGCGGCAUCAGCAAGCGGUCGCAUACCUGA